AUCGGCUCACAUCACACCAUAGGGCAUGGAUCACACCAUGCACAUUGGAGUGUAGGUCAGCUAUACUUUUAAAUUUAAGUAAUAAUAAUAUAAUAUUAUGUUGUUAAAUUUUUCGGAUGUUUGAACGUCGGUCUUCUGUUGUUAACUUCAAAUCGCGUUGAAAAUUAUAACGAUGGAUUUAAUACCAGAGAAAACCAGCGAUUUCAGUAAACCUGAAUAUUGGGAUUCGUUUUUCACUAAACGAGAGGCUACAUUCGAAUGGUACGGUAAUUACAAUAAUUUAAAACGCUUGCUCACUAAAUAUAUAAGUGCUAAAGAUGUAAUACUAAUGUCGGGGUGCGGAAAUUCCGAUCUAAGUCUUCAGCUGUAUAAAGAUGGUUUUACCAAUGUGGUGAGCGUCGAUAACAGCGAAGUGGUAAUCGCAAAUAUGAAUAAAAAACAUAAACAGAAAUACCCCGGGUUGGUGUACGAAAUGAAAGAUAUAUUGAAAACGGAAUACUCCGAUGAGAAAUUUAGCGUCGUCAUUGAUAAAGGUACAUUAGAUGCUUUGAUGCCCGACGGUGAAAUGGAAUCGAUAGCUCGCGCUAUGUUGAUGUUCACCGAAAUCAAAAGGAUCCUAAAGUUUGGGGGCCGAUAUAUAUGUGUGUCUUUACUUCAAUGUCAUAUCGCCAAGUUUCUUUUCACCUAUUUCAGUGAACAAGGUUGGAUAAUUCGAGUAUGCCAAUGUACGGAAAUUGAAGAUUCUUCCGAUUUCAAUGGUCAACCUGUAUUUAUGGUUGUCUGCACCAAAAUAAAUAAAAUAGCGGGUGCCCAUCCGAUUCUUGAGUGGAAUCCUGAUGGCCAAACAAACGAAAGGUUAAGUUCAAUCGGCGAUUUAUUGGAAAUUGUUUUAGAUACUCAGAAAUCUGUUUCCAUGUGUUAUGAUCUCACUAAAUGCCAAAUGAAUGAUAAGUUUAAUAAUUAUUGUUUUGAAAUCAAUUGUUCUCAAACGAAAACUCCUCGAUAUACAAUAGUAGUUGUAGAAUCGCCCACACAACGAAAUCCAAAUAAAAUGACAUUCGCCGCAUUUAUUGUGCCACACGGUCGCGAACACGAAUGGUUGUUCAAUAGCAGCGAAGGACAAGAAAUAUUGAGAAGAAAUUGUAAUGUAGACCGUUUGGCUAUUAUUAGUAUGCACAGAAGUCAAAUCUACAGAAGUUUGAAACAAGUGCAACAGGAAUUGUCGAGGCUCAUGUUGAAAAUUGCACCACAAGGCGUUUUAAAUCGUGGUGAAACUAUAUUGUUCUUGUCCUUGGAACAGCAGCUUGGAGAUAGAAAAAUCAUUAUGGAAGAUAAGAGUGAAUUUUCUGGUAACUACGUUGUAGAGGAAGUAGUCGGACAAACAAAUGAAGUAUUCAGGCGCUUAGUAUUCCUAAAUAUGCCUCACAUUAUUCAAUCCGAGGCCAAACUAAUAAAAACUCCAAGUGGAGAAACUAAAAUUGACCAGUCACAUUUUCUCAGUGACUACAUACCAUACUUGGGACUCGGAGUAGGAAUCGUAGCGAGCAAACCGUUGAAAGUACCUAGAGUUCUUUUAAUCGGCUUGGGCGGAGGAGUAUUGGUCAAUUUGUUAAUUAAUAUUUAUGAAAAUGUGCAAAUUAUUGCAUUGGAAAUAGAUGAUGUUGUAUACAAAAUAGCGAAAGAAGCUUUUGGUUUAGUUGAAAGCGAUAGAUUAGACGUCAAGAUCUGCGAUGGACUAGAAUACCUAAAAAUAGCAGCCGAUCAGCGUGAAAAAUUUGAUGUCGUUAUUUACGAUGUAGAUGUCAAAGAUCCAACGAUGGGCUUGAGCGGACCUCCUAAGAGUUUUUUGACUCGAGAUGUUUUAGAUUGUGUAAAAAAUUUGAUUGACGAACAAGGACUAUUUUUACUAAAUUUUGUUUGUCGCGCUACUGAUGUCAAAACAGAAAUUUUAAAUAUUUUAAAAACUAAUUUCAAACAACUGACUUCAUUGAAAAUCGCAGAAGAUAUCAAUAAGGUGCUAUUUGCAAGUAAUCAAGGUGUAAAAUUCAAUGAGCGCCUUUUGAGUCAAACUGCUGAAUACAUGAACCAGUGUUCCAGAAGUAACAAGCUCAUAGAUUGUGACGUUAUUGAUAUUUCUACAUUAAAAGACAAUAUUGAAGAUAUUUAGUUGAAGUGUUCCUUAGCUAUUUAUUUUGAUUUAUUAAUUGUUAUCCUUAUGUUUAAGUAAAUUAAAAUUGAGAUUUUAAUUUAAUUCAAUUAAUGUUUAUAUAAUGUACUUGUUUAAAGUUAUUUUAAGUACCCAACAGCCAAUAUUUAAGUUUUAUUAAAAAAAAAUUGUUUAUGCUCAUAUAUUUAUCAUGACUAUUGUUUGUAAUUCAAAUA